AUGGUAGCGCUAUUUUCGCUGCAACCCUCUGAUUGUUGGCCUCAGGAACCCUUUACCUCGGAGGACUAUUUUGGAUACGGAAGCUACUUUUUACAGACAUGCUUCUCGUGUUUCGGUAGUAUCCUGAUACUUACCAUUUAAUUUUACUUCGACAGCCAAAUUGAUAGAUGAUCGUGGCCGCGAAAGGAUCUCUCGGUCGCGAAACAGGUAGCCUUUGCCAGGCAGUGCUACUGUUACAACUGCAUAGUGUUCGUACAUUCUACUUGACGCGAUCGUCGCUCCUGAAGGAUACGGCAGGGGAGAAAGGGUAUAGUGUCUUUACGAAGUCCACGACGCACGCUAAUAUCAUCUCUUUUUUCUGGGAUGAUCCGCAUUGUUGUUCCGGAAUUUUAUCCGCGGGGUUUGUCUUACAGGCACACAUAUAUUUUUUAAGCGUGUCUGUCAGCAUUACAGACCUAUCACACGCGUCAUUUUCUCAUGGUGCGCCUGCCUUUUGUCAAGUAACCAACUACAUAAUAAAACUUUGGUGAACAGUUAAAUUUGAGUUUGUAUAGGUCUUUCGAAAUGCACGUGGGAAUCUCCCGAGGUUUCGUCUACGAUCUAAUACAGGGACAUUCAUUUACUGACAG